AUGCACCACUUCAACGCGGCAGACAACCAUCCAGAAGCCGCCAGCAGAUGGGUUUCGUGGAUCCCUAUGGCGGGCCGUAUGCGCUCCCGCCACCUCUCCGAAUCACUUGGGUCGUUUGGCAAUCCUCUCCCUUGGGUUCGAAACCAGCAGCACAACAAGAACACUGUGGGCCCAUCAGCCGCGUUCGCAAUGGCCCGGGGACAGUUCGUAUCUAGCAAGGAAAAUGAUGUCGGGUUCUUCCUCCUCUCAUACGGAUACGAGCAGGGAUACUUGCAGCCGCACGGUCUUCCCGCCUGA